AUGGCUACCGCUGCCAACCAAGAAACUCUGGCAAAAAUUAAUGCUGCUCUCUCUGUUUUUGCAACGUCUACAGAUAAACAACAGAUUGCAGGCGCCAACGAGUGGCUCCAGGACUUUCAGCACACAAUCGAAGCCUGGGAGAUCUCAUCCUCGCUGUUGAUCAACCCAGAUUGCUCAGAUGCCGUCAAGACAUUCGCGGCGCAGACGCUCAAGACAAAGGUCGUAUAUGAUCUUGCGCAACUCCCAGCUGAACAACACGCGUUGCUCAGAGACACUCUCGUCAGCGCCCUUCAGCAUUACUCGGCCGGCCCUCGAAAGAUCCUCAUCCAAGUCUGCUUGGCUCUGUCCGCUCUCUCUAUCCAGAUGCCAGACUGGUCAUCUACAGCAGUCAAGGAUCUCAUCGCUUCCCUCGGGGCCGACCCAGCCUUUGUUCCGGGCCUCUUGCAGUUUCUCGCAGUGCUCCCGGACGACUUGACCAGCAAUUCGCGCAUUCCCAUCUCGGACGACGAGUACAGAACGCGCACUCAGGCGCUCCUCACAGAUAACGGCGAACGCGUCAUAGAGAUCCUCACGGUCUAUCAAAACGCACAAGGGAUCACCCCUCAUAUUCAGAAUCUCAUCUUUGAGGUCCUUUCUAACUGGGUCAUGGCGGGAGAAAUCUCUACGACGACCCUCGCAAAUACGACCCUCUUCGACUUUGCCUUUCAGGCACUCGCCUCGGACGAACUAUUUGACAACGCGGCUGAACUACUGUGCGAGCUCAUACACGAGACUCAGGAGCUAGACGAUAAUAUGGCCGUCAUAGAAAUGAUUGUGCCGCGUCUCAUCAGUUUACAACCUCGGAUCGCCGUUGACAAAGACGACCCAGACAAGCUCCGGCGUUGGUGUCAAAUCUUUUGCGAGGCAGGCGAGACAUACCGUAUGCUCAUCGUUCACCACACGGAGACAUUUUUGCCCCUUGUUCUUGCCAUUGCAGAAUGCGCCGCAAAUGACGACCUGGACAUUGUCCAGCUCACCUUCAGUUUCUGGUAUCGUCUAGGCCAGAGUCUAGGCAAGCAACGAUCCAUACCCCCUGAGAUCACAAAAGUAUACGAAAAUGUUCUCAAUACCUUCCUUCGCCAUAUCCACUUCCCCUCGGACGUGGAGUCGACGACUGCGCAGGAUGCAGAUGACUUCAGGAGCUUUCGUCACGAUAUUGGAGACGUGCUUAAAGACUGCUGCUACGUUCUUGGAGCAGACUUCGUCCUGGAUCGGACAUACGCCGUGCUCACCUCUGCGUUGGAGAGAGGCAUGGCAGGCAAUGUCGUCGCAUGGCAAGAGGUAGAGGCACCUCUAUUUGCGAUGAGGGCCUUGGGCGGAGAGAUUGACUGGACCCAGCAAAACGAGAAGAUUCUCAAGAUCAUGGAGAUUUUGCCUGCACUGCCGGCACACCCGCGCGUUCGCUACGCAGCAACAAUGCUGAUGUCCCGAUAUACGCCAUGGGUCGCUAAACAUCCCGAGCACAUCCCAUCUCAGCUCAACUAUAUUACGGCUGCGUUUCAAGAUACAGACUUAGAGGUCGUCUCAGCCGCCGGGCACGCAUUAAAGUAUCUCUGUCAAGAUUGCAAACAGUCCCUUGUGCCGUACUUAGAACAGCUUUACCAAUUCCUGGCGACAGUAGGAGUCAAGCUCAUGCAAGAGGACAAGCUUGCCAUUUACGAGGCGAUUGGAUGGAUCAUCUCCUCGAUGCCCAUGGAACAUGCAGCCUCGACGCUUCGCAAGUUUGCGAUUGAUAUCUUCGCCACCAUCCAAGCGGUACCUGGCGAUUCUUCUGUUCACAAUCAGGCCGUCAUUGAGUGCCUCGAACAGUUGGAGCAGCUGUUAGAUGUCGUCGGUCCAUUUGGAGAGGAGCUGCCGGCAGCGUGCCAGAAUACCGCUGCUGAGACUUGGGCGAUCAUGGACGACAUUAUUGCUCGUCGCGGCGCCAUUCCCGACAUUUGCGAUCGCACCACGAGGGUCAUUCGUCUCGGUUUGCAGGUCUUUGACAAGCAAGCGUUGCCACUGGUCCCGGCCAUUCUAGCGCGGCUCACCUCGCGCUUUGAGAACACUGGAUUCGCCAGCUAUCUGUGGGCCAUUGGCAAGGUGAUUCAAAGGUUUGGUCUGGAGGAAGAUCCCGUGGUGAGAAAUGCUAUUCAGCAGACGUAUGAGAUGUGCACUGUGAAAUGUUCGGUCAUAUUCUCAGAGACAACCAUCUCACACCAUUCGGACGUCGUGGAUGAUUACCUCUCUAUCGUCACCCCUUUGACAGAGCAGUGCCCCGAUAUCCUGUUUCUUUCACCUGUCUUUCCUACAGCGUUUGUUAUCCUCGUUGGAUCACUGCAGCUCUAUAACUCGGACACUACAUUCCGCGCGCUAGGACUUAUACGGGCCAUUAUCGGUCACGACUGUCUCCAGCUUGCACCAGGUUUCCAACCGCCGCCCAAGUUCCCGCUCUACGCAGAGGCAAUCUCGGCCACGAUUCAAAAGCACGGUCCUUUGCUAGUAAGCAAUCUGUUUGCCGGUCUACUGGACCAGUUUGCUCCAGAAAUGAUGAGUGGUGUCAUUACCACCGUCCGUAUCAUGACCCAGCUCUGGACGACGAGCAUGCAGCAGUGGGUGCCAACCGUCGUCGACGCUCUUCGCGUGCCUCCGGCUUUGGAGCCGGCUAAGGCUCAAUUCCUACUUGAUUUCAACUCAGCCUUGGCCAGUCAGGAUCUCGACAAGCUCAAACCGGCUCUUGCCAACCUCCAGAGGAGCGUACUGCGCGCGAAAGACAGACGUCGCCCGCUCGACCGCUAG